GGCCAGUCCAAAAGACUGGUUUGGGCCGGGAGGGGCGAGAGGGUGAAGGCCGGAGAGAAAGUGCUCGGCACCGACCACUUAGAGUAGUGCGGGGGCGGGGAGGGCAGCAGGAGGCUGUUCUCUAGUUAGUGCCCCGCGUGGGGCCACGUGAUUGGAGAGGUCCCGCCCUCACCCUCCCGAGCCAGGUGUUCGAAUCCCGUCUCCAGAACUGGCGGCGUCCCAGUCGGGUCGGCGCGAGGCGCCAGAGGACCCGCCCUGAGGCUCAUGGCAGCGCCGGUCCGCCUGGGCCGGAAACGCCCGCUGCCCGUUUGCCCCAACCCGCUCUUCGUACGCUGGCUAACCGAAUGGCGGGACGAGGCAGCCAGUAGGGGGCGCCGCACGCAAUUCGUGUUUCAGAAGGCCCUGCGCUCCCUCCGGCGGUACCCACUGCCUCUGCGCAGCGGCAAGGAAGCUAAGAUCCUACAGCACUUCGGAGACAGGCUCUGCCGUAUGCUGGACCAGCGGCUGCAGCAGCACAAAGCAUCAGGCGGUGACCAUGACCCGAGUUCACCAUCUGGAGAGAAGAGUCCAGCCCGGGAAGGGCCCCUUGCCAGAGUCCAGGACUCUUCCAAGCCAAUUCCAGCCCACCCCAAGGCAGGGGCCUCGGGCAGCUACUGGCCGGCUCGGCACUCGGGCGCACGCGGGGUACUGCUGCUGCUCUACAGGGAGCACCUGAAUCCUAGUGGCCACAGCUUCCUAACCAAGGAGGAGCUGCUGCAGAGGUGUGCCCAGAAAGCUCCCAGGGUGGCCCCUGGGAGUACUCGACCCUGGCCAGCCCUCCGCUCCCUCCUCCACAGGAACCUGGUUCUCAGGACACACCGGCCAGCCAGGUACUCACUGACUCCGGAGGGUCUGGAGCUGGCCCAGAAGCUGGCUGAGUCAGAGGGCCUGAGCUCACUGAAUGUGGACAUUGGGCCAGAGCAGCCCCCUGGGGAGGAGCCAGAAGUGCCAGGAGCAGCCUCUGCUGAGCUGGGCACCAGCGAAGGGAGUGUCCAGCAGCCGCCACUGGCGCUUGGGCCUGGAGAGUACAGGGUGCUCUUGUGUGUGGACGUUGGCGAAGCCAAGGGGGCGGGGCACAGGCCAGAGCUGCUCCUUGAGCUACAGCGGCUGCAUGUGACCCACACGGUGCGCAGGCUACACGUCGGGGACUUUGUGUGGGUGGCUCAAGAGACCAGGCCCAGAGACCCAGCAAGACCUGGGGAGCUCGUCCUGGACCACAUUGUGGAGCGCAAGCGGCUGGACGACCUGUGUAGCAGCAUCAUAGAUGGCCGCUUCCACGAGCAGAAGUUCCGGCUGAAGCGUUGCGGCCUGGGCCACCGCGUGUACCUGGUGGAGGAGCAUGGCUCAGCGGACCACCUCAGCCUUCCUGAGAGCACGCUGCUGCAGGCUGUCACCAACACUCAGGUCAUCGAUGGCUUCUUUGUGAAGCGCACGGCGGACAUUAAGGAGUCAGCUGCCUAUCUGGCCCUCUUGACUCGGGGCCUGCAGAGACUCUACCAGGGCCAUACCCUCCGCAGUCGCCCCUGGGGACCCUCAGGGGACCCUGAAUCAAGGCCUGGGUCCUCCCCAAAUCCUCUCUGCUCACUCCUCACCUUCAGUGACUUCAACACAGGAGCCAUCAAGAACAAGGCCCAGUCUGUGCGGGAGGUGUUCAUCCGGCAGCUGAUGCAGGUGCGCGGGGUGAGUGGGGAGAAGGCAGCAGCCAUAGUGGACCAGUACGGCACCCCUGCCAGCCUACUGGCCGCCUAUGACGCCUGUGCCACCCCCAAGGAACAGGACAUGCUGCUGAGCACCGUCAAGUGUGGCCAACUGCAGAGGAAUCUGGGGCCCGCUCUGAGCAGGACCUUCUCCCAACUCUACUGCUGCUAUGGCCCCCUGACCUGAGCUGUGCCACGAGGCUGACUCCACCUCCCCCCCCCCUUCACAGGCUAGCC